CAGUAGCCGCAUGACAACUGCAAACAUUUGCUUCUAAACAUAUUCUGGACGACUCUAAAUGUUAAUUAUAACUCGUUUUGCAAGUCAGAAUAAUACGUUAGGACAGAGUAGUGGCGUUGUUCCGUUAAAACAGCUGUGGAUAUGGGUUUUUUGUGUACAAACACAAGCACAUUUCCAGAAGACUCGGUGUUUGUGACACCAGCUCAGAGCUGACCAGUAAGCUAUGUUUUUAGCAGCUCGUGAAGAUAAAGUGUUAGAGUGAUUUUGCACACAGCCAACAAAAUGGCAAGAAAAAGUAAGAAGAGAGAUACUAAUUCAGCAGCGUUUACAUUAUGUGUGGAGCCUGACAAUGUUAGGCAGGAAACUCAGGUUCCCGGUGUCCGAGUCAUGUCCCAGUCUAAAUGUCAAAGCUGGAUAAGGAAAGUGACUCUGCUAGUACCGUACAUGUGGCCCCGGUCGAGUGCCCCGCUACAGGUUCUCGUGUUCCUGUGUGUCUGCCUCCUGGGCCUGGAGCGGCUCAUCAACGUAUUAGUGCCCAUCUACAGCAAGAACAUAGUAAAUCAGUUAUCAGAAAAGGAGAAUUGGAGAAGCCUAGCAGUCACUGUGUGUAUCUACGUCCUUCUCAAGUUCCUGCAGGGUGGGGGAGCAGGGACAUCAGGCUUUGUCAGUAACAUGCGUUCUUUCCUGUGGACCCGUGUUCAGCAGCACACCAGUCGCACAGUGCAGCUGAAGUUGUUUGCCCACCUGCAUGCCCUGUCUCUGCGCUGGCACCUGGGCAGAAAAACGGGUGACGUCCUGCGCAGCAUCGACCGUGGCACGGCCUCCGUCAGCCACCUAUUAGACUAUAUUGUAUUCACCAUGCUGCCAACUAUAGCUGACAUUGUCAUUGCCAUCAUUUACUUCAUCUCUUAUUUUAACGCCUGGUUCGGCCUCAUCGUAUUUAUCUGCAUGCUCCUCUACCUCACACUCACUAUAAUCAUCACAGAGUGGAGAACCAAGUACAGACGUGAAAUGAACAUGCAGGACAACAACGCCAAGUCCAAGGCAGUAGACUCACUUCUCAAUUUUGAAACUGUAAAGUAUUACAAUUCAGAGAAUUAUGAAGUCAGGCGCUUUGAGGAUGCUAUCUUAAAAUAUCAGACCUCAGAGUGGAAGACUAACGCUUCUCUGGCCCUGCUAAACCAAACCCAAAACUUGAUUAUAGGUUCUGGCCUGCUUGCAGGAUCUCUGCUCUGUGCAUACUUUGUCACAGUGGACCAGUUCCAGGUUGGGGACUAUGUUCUGUUUGGGACCUACAUUGUCCAGCUUUACAUGCCUCUCAACUGGUUCGGCACAUACUACAGGAUGAUCCAGACUGCUUUUGUAGAUAUGGAGAACAUGUUUGAGCUCCUAAAUGAAGAGAAAGAGGUAAAAGAUGAUGUGAAUGCAGUAGAUCUGCUUUGUACUGAAGGGAGAGUCGAUUUCCAAAAUGUAUGUUUCAGGUACACUGCAGGGAAAGAAAUUCUCCGAAAUGUAUCCUUCACAGUGAUGCCUGGCCAAACAGUAGCACUGGUCGGACAGUCAGGGUCGGGCAAAAGCACCAUCCUCCGACUGCUUUUCCGUUUUUAUGAUGUGCAAGAAGGUUGCAUACUUGUUGAUGGUCAGGACAUCUCAAAGGUGAAAAUGAGCUCUCUGCGUUCUUACAUUGGGGUGGUCCCUCAGGAUACCGUUCUCUUUAAUGACAACAUCCGGGAGAACAUCCGUUAUGGACGGAUCAGUGCCACUGACCAGGAACUGGAAGAGGCUGCAUUGGCUGCUGACAUCCACCAUAAGAUCCUGUCCCUUCCAGAUGGAUAUGACACUCAGGUGGGGGAGAGGGGCCUCAAGUUAAGUGGGGGUGAGAAGCAGAGAGUGGCCAUCGCUCGCACUAUCCUCAAAGCCCCCCGAAUCAUCCUGCUGGACGAGGCCACUUCUGCUUUGGACACACAAACAGAGCGCAACAUCCAGGCCUCGCUUACCCGAGUGUGUGCCAGCAGGACGACUAUUGUGGUGGCACACAGAUUAUCCACUAUAAUUGCAUCAGACCUGAUUCUCAUUCUGCAUGAAGGCCAGAUUGUGGAGCGUGGAAGGCACGAGGAGCUGCUGGCCAUGCACGGACUGUACUCAGCCAUGUGGCAAAAACAGCAACAGCAGCAGGAUCUAGAACCAAGUGCUUCUUCAGAUACAGAAACAAAAGAGCAGCAAGAUGGAGAAUGACUGAAGUCCAGGUAAAAGUGCAGGAUCCAAAGAACCUAGGUGACCUUGGGCAGAAGAAAAUAUUCAAGGAAGUUUCUUGAUAAGCAUUCACUGCUUAGCAGUUAUUGUGCCAAGCUGUUAUUUUCUAGUACUGACUGUAAAUGUGGACAUUUGCAUUAAUUAAAACACAAUACUGUACCAUUGGGUGCUUUAAAGAUCUGUGCCUUCUCAGGGAACCGAUUUGAUUAUCUCACUAAUUUGAUGCCAUCAGUGGUGUACCUAUGAAAUGCCUAUGAAGUAGCGCUCACAACCGUUUUACAUAUCUCUGCAAACUUGACUUAUUAGAGGUGAGGUACAAUCUAGAUGGGCAUUUAUUUGCCUUGUGAAAAGAUACUGAUGUAUCUACAGCGACACUAGAAGGUUUGUGAACCGUUUAUAAUGUUCUGUGCUUCUGCAUAAAUUUGACUUGAAAUGUGAUCAUUUCAGGUCAAAUUUCUUUAUUUAGAUUUAU